AUGAAGACUCUCCCAGACAUGGAGAGCACAGAGGAGGCGCUCCGCUUCCUGCGCUCCAGACUCAACCAGGAGCAGAACCAGGAGCAGAACCAGGAGCAGAACCAGGAGCAGAACCAGGAGCAGCCUUUCUUCUUAGCUGUGGGCUUCCACAAACCACACAUACCCUUCAGGAUCCCACAGGAGUUCUUGGGUCUCUACCCUCUGGAGGACAUGUCUCUGGCCCCUGACCCGCUGGUCCCUGAGCGUCUUCCUCUUGUGGCCUAUAACCCUUGGACCGACCUCCGCCUCAGAGACGACGUGCACCUCCUCAACCUCAGCUUCCCCUACGGGCCCUUCCCCAAGGACUUCCAGCUGAGGAUCCGGCAGCAUUACUUUGCCGCAGUCUCGUACCUGGACUCUCAGGUGGGCCGGCUCCUCUCGGGUCUGGAGCAGAUGGGACUGGACCACAACACCACCGUGGUCUUCACCUCGGAUCACGUAAGGGACACGCCCACAGGACACGCCCACAGGACACGCCCACAAAACACGCCCACAAAACACGCCCGCAGGACACGCCCACAAGACACGCCCACAGGACACGCCCACAGGACACGCCCACAGGACACGCCCACAGGACACACUCAGAGGACACACUCAGAGGACACACUCACAAGACACGCCCACAGGACACACUCACAGGACACGCCCACAGGACACACUCACAGGACACGCCCACAGGACACGCCCACAGGACACGCCCACAGGACACACCCACAGGACACACUCAGAGGACACACUCACAAGACACGCCCACAGGACACACUCACAGGACACGCCCACAGGACACGCCCACAGGACACACCCACAGGACACGCCCACAGGACACGCCCACAGGACACGCCCACAGGACACACUCACAGGACACGCCCACAGGACACGCCCACAGGACACGCCCACAGGACACGCCCACAGGACACACUCACAGGACACGCCCACAGGACACACUCACAGGACACGCCCACAGGACACGCCCACAGGACACACCCACAGGACACACCCACAGGACACGCCCACAGGACACGCCCACAGGACACGCCCACAGGACACACUCACAGGACACACUCACAAGACACGCCCACAGGACACGCCCACAGGACACACUCACAGGACACGCCCACAGGACACGCUCUAAAGACACGCCCACAGGACACGCCCACAGGACACGCCCACAGGACACGCCCACAGGACACGCCCACAGGACACGCCCACAGGACACGCCCACAGGACACACUCAGAGGACACACUCACAAGACACGCCACAGGACACACUCACAGGACACGCCCACAGGACACGCCCACAGGACACGCUCUAAAGACACGCCCACAGGACAUGCCCACAGGACACGCUCACAGGACACGCCCACAGGACACGCCCACAGGACACACUCACAGGACACACUCACAGGACACACUCACAGGACACGCCCACAGGACACGCCCACAGGACACGCCCACAGGACACGCCCACAGGACACGCCCACAGGACACACUCACAGGACCUGCCCACAGGACACGCCCACAGGACACGCCCACAGGACACGCUCACAGGACACGCCCACAGAACACGCCCACAGGACACGCUCACAGGACACGCCCACAGGACACGCUCACAGGACACGCCCACAGGACACGCCCACAGGACACGCCCACAGGACACACUCACAGGACACGCCCACAGGACACGCCCACAGGACACACUCACAGGACACACUCACAGGACACGCCCACAGGACACGCCCACAGGACACGCCCACAGGACAGACUCACAGGACACGCCCACAGGACACGCCCACAGGACACACUCACAGGACACACUCACAGGACACGCCCACAGGACACACUCACAGGACACGCCCACAGGACACACUCACAAGACACGCCCACAGGACACGCCCACAGGACACACCCACAGGACACGCCCACAGGAUACGCCCACAGGACACGCCCACAGGACACGCCCACAGGACACGCCCACAGGACACGCCCACAGGACACACUCACAAGACACGCCCACAGGACACGCCCACAGGACACACUCACAAGACACGCCCACAGGACACACCCACAGGACACGCCCACAGGAUACGCCCACAGGACACGCCCACAGGACACGCCCACAGGACACACUCACAAGACACGCCCACAGGACACGCCCACAGGACACACUCACAAGACACGCCCACAGGACACGCUCACAGGACACGCCCACAGGACACACUCACAAGACACGCCCACAGGACACGCCCACAGGACACACUCACAAGACACGCCCACAGGACACGCUCACAAGACACGCCCACAGGACACGCCCACAGGACACGCUCACAAGACACGCCCACAGGACACGCCCACAGGACACGCUCACAGGACACGCCCACAGGACACGCUCACAGGACACGCCCACAGGACACGCCCACAGGACACACUCACAGGACACGCCCACAGGACACGCCCACAGGACACACUCACAAGACACGCCCACAGGACACGCCCACAGGACACGCUCACAAGACACGCCCACAGGACACGCCCACAAGACACGCCCACAGGACACGCUCACAAGACACGCCCACAGGACACGCCCACAGGACACGCUCACAAGACACGCCCACAGGACACACUCACAAGACACGCCCACAGGACACGCCCACAGGACACAGGCUGGUCGUUGUGCUCUCUCCUCAGGCUGGCUGGUCGUUGGGGGAACACGGAGAAUGGGCCAAAUACUCGAACUUCGACGUCUCGACCCGAGUCCCACUGAUGUUCUACGUCCCCAAAGACUCGGACCGAAGACCUGAGAGGUUCAGGUUCAUUGAUGUCUUCAGACCAUACCCCAAGUUCACCAAUGGUCAGGAGAGCGAGGAGCUGGUGGAGUUGGUGGAUGUCUUCCCGACACUCGCACACCUCAGCGGGCUCCAGGUCCCCAAGCCCUGUCCUGAGGUCAGCUUUAAGGUGGAACUGUGCUCAGAGGGACAGAACCGAGCCCAAGAGAAGAAGAACCAGGAGCAGGUGGCCUUCAGUCAGUAUCCGAGACCAUCGGAUACUCCACAGGUGAACUCUGACCUCCCAGAUCUGCGUGACAUCAGGGUGAUGGGCUUCUCUCUGCGCUCUCAGGAUCACAGAUACUGUCUCUGGCUCGGCUUUGACCCCGGCACGUACCAGGUGAGGCACGUACCAGGUCAGGCCGUUCAUGUGGGCGGAGUCAGGCCGUUCAUGUGGGCUGAGUCAGGUCAGGCCGUUCAUGUGGGCGGAGUCAGGCCGUUCAUGUGGGCGGAGUCAGGCCGUUUAUGUGGGCGGAGUCAGGCCGUUCAUGUGGGCGGAGUCAGGCCGUUCAUGUGGGCGGAGUCAGGCCGUUCAUGUGGGCGGAGUCAGGCCGUUCAUGUGGGCGGAGUCAGGCCGUUCAUGUGGGCGGAGUCAGGCCGUUUAUGUGGGCGGAGUCAGGCCGUUUAUGUGGGCGGAGUCAGGCCGUUCAUGUGGGCGGAGUCAGGCCGUUUAUGUGGGCGGAGUCAGGCCGUUUAUGUGGGCGGAGUCAGGCCGUUCAUGUGGGCGGAGUCAGGCCGUUCAUGUGGGCGGAGUCAGGCCGUUCAUGUGGGCGGAGUCAGGCCGUUCAUGUGGGCGGAGUCAGGCCGUUUAUGUGGGCGGAGUCAGGCUGGAGAUCCUGGAGACAUUUACAGCCCAGUCCUAACAUCUAAGGGAGAGAACCCCUCAGGGUCAGAGGGAGAGAACCCCUCAGGGUCAGAGGGAGAGAACCCCUCAGGGUCAGAGGGAGAGACCCCCUCAGGGUCAGAGGGAAAGAACCCCUCAGGGUCAGAGGUAGAGAACCCCUCAGGGUCAGAGGGAGAGAACCCCUCAGGGUCAGAGGGAGAGACCCCCUCAGGGUCAGAGGGAGAGAACCCCUCAGGGUCAGAGGGAGAGAACCCCUCAGGAUCAGAGGGAGAGAACCCCUCAGGAUCAGAGGGAGAGAACCCCUCAGGAUCAGAGGGAGAGAACCCCUCAGGGUCAGAGGGAGAGAACCCCUCAGGAUCAGAGGGAGAGAACCCCUCAGGAUCAGAGGGAGAGAACCCCUCAGGGUCAGAGGGAGAGAACCCCUCAGGAUCAGAGGGAGAGAACCCCUCAGGAUCAGAGGGAGAGAACCCCUCAGGGUCAGAGGGAGAGAACCCCUCAGGAUCAGAGGGAGAGAACCCCUCAGGAUCAGAGGGAGAGAACCCCUCAGGGUCAGAGGGAGAGAACCCCUCAGGGUCAGAGGGAGAGAACCCCUCAGGGUCAGAGGGAGAGAACCCCUCAGGGUCAGAGGGAGAGAACCCCUCAGGGUCAGAGGGAGAGAACCCCUCAGGAUCAGAGGGAGAGAACCCCUCAGGAUCAGAGGGAGAGAACCCCUCAGGGUCAGAGGGAGAGAACCCCUCAGGGUCAGAGGGAGAGAACCCCUCAGGGUCAGAGGGAGAGAACCCCUCAGGGUCAGAGGGAGAGAACCCCUCAUCUCAGUUCAGUGUGAACCUGUCUGAUGUACAUGGUGGGGAGCUGUACCUGUUGGACUCAGAUCCUGGAGAAGAUCACAACGUGUUCGACCUAAAGGCUCAGAGAGCGGCCAGGACCUGGGACUCUGCUCCUCUGAGUCUGAGGAAGAGACUCCGACUGCAGCUGCUGCUCCUCACAGAGAACCUGAAGGAGAACUGGAAAACAUGA